GCCUCGGUCGCCGCGGUCCCCGGGGAACGGGCUCCGGCGCUCGCUCCCAUUGGCCGCCGCCGCGUCAGCUGGUGCGAUUUGCUGCUGUCGCUUUUGGCGUUCGGCCAUCCAGAAACAAACCAGUUCGAUGACUACUAAUAGUUAUAGCCAGAUGUACUAAUACACAACAAAUCACAGUCCUGCAGAGGGGCGCGCAAAUGAGUUCCUAUUUUGUGAAUCCCACUUUCCCCGGGAGCCUGCCCAGCGGCCAGGACUCCUUCUUGGGCCAGCUGCCCCUCUACCCGGCCGGCUAUGACGCGCUGAGGCCCUUCCCGGCCUCGUACGGGGCGUCGAGCCUCCCGGACAAGACGUACACCUCACCUUGUUUCUACCAACAGUCCAACUCGGUCCUGGCCUGCAACCGGGCGUCCUACGAGUACGGGGCCUCGUGUUUCUAUUCUGAUAAGGACCUCAGUGGCGCCUCGCCCUCGGGCAGUGGCAAGCAGAGGGGCCCCGGGGACUACCUGCACUUUUCUCCCGAGCAGCAGUACAAAUCCGACAGCAGCAGCGUGCCGGGCAAAGCCCUCCAUGACGAAGGCACCGACCGGAAGUACACGAGUCCUGUUUACCCCUGGAUGCAGCGGAUGAACUCCUGUGCGGGUGCUGUGUACGGGAGCCACGGGCGCCGAGGCCGCCAGACCUACACGCGCUACCAGACGCUGGAGCUGGAGAAGGAGUUCCACUCCAACCGCUACCUGACCCGGCGCCGCCGCAUCGAGAUCGCCAACGCGCUCUGCCUCACCGAGCGCCAGAUCAAGAUCUGGUUCCAGAACCGCCGCAUGAAGUGGAAAAAAGAAAAUAAGCUCAUCAAUUCCACACAGCCCAGCGGGGAGGAAGCUGAGGCUAAAGCGGGCGAGUAGGCGCCUGGGCAGGGACCAGGCCAGCGGCGCGACCUCCCUCGGCUUUGCUCCCUUGCCUUCGCCUGCUCCCCAACCUUUCUCCCUGCCUGCUACCAUCUGGGGGGCUUACGCAGCUUCAGGGGAGCCCGGAGCUUUGCAAACGCCUGAGCAUUUAUUUCUUACAAAAAAAAAAAGAGCAACAACAUAAAAAAACCAACAACAACAACAACAACAACACACACACACACACACACAUACACACAGCCAAUCCCAGCGGUGGAGCGGGGCGCACUGCACACACAAUCCCGCUCUCCAAGGCUGCCCAAGCCGCUCCGGAUCCCAGCGCGCGCCCCAAAUCCGUCCCUGACUCUUGUGUAGCGCCUCUGCACGCCUCUGGCACGGGACUCGGGGUUGCUGGAGAGGAAAGAACCCGGGGACCCACCCUCUUUUGGUGUCUGGGCAUUUUGGCCCCGGUCCCUCGCCACCAAGUCCCGGAGGGCACCACCAAAUCGACUCUGGCCACUGCAAAGAGGGGACCUAAAGGUUGGGGCCCCAGCACUGCGGUGGCCUCCCAGGCUGCCCCCAGACAGGAAGGAGCUCCAGGAACAAAGGCUCCCCUCCCCGCGGAGAGUCUAGCCUCUCUGCCCCGCACCACCGUCCGUGGAAGAGAAGGAGCCUCAGCCGAGCCCAGUCAACCUGAGCGCGGGUGGAACUGCACAGCCCCGGACCGGUUGGGCUCCCGAAGGCUCGGGACUCGGGAAUCCAGCUCCUCGCCUCCGACAGUGCCAACAGCGCUUUCGGGACCCGAGGAGGGGGCCCAGAGCCGUGGGAGCGGCAAGAAUCAUGGUUUCCAGCCUGCCAGGGGCGUCUGCGACACAGGGCCUCCAGCGGGGAAACCCUCCCCUGCCUUUCAGCUGCAUUUGUGGUUUACUUUCAUCUUUCAGAACCCGGGAAAAUAACUACGGGGAUGCGAGCACUGUCUGGAAAUGCUUCCUUUAGCGUCCUCAGUUCACUCCUGGAGGUCUAAGCAAAACCCUAAUAACGCGGCCCAGAAAUCACCAGCCCCCAAGCAGCUUCUGUAGCUGCGGGGAGCCUCGGCCCGCUCACUGGGUUCACCUAGAACCCCUCCGACUUGGGGCCCGCCUGGCUCCAGGAAAAAGACCUAGUGGUGAAGAUUCUCCAGGCUGGAUCCUUAAAGCAAAGCAAACAGCAAGCUAAUGACACGAAAAGCCAAAUUUACAUGAAAGGAAAAUCGAAUCUGGUUAUAGAAGUGUGUGGAAUGUGACCUCGCCUCGGAGAAACACUACACAAAAGCUAUCUUUAAUAGACGCCUGUCAUUUAGGAGCGGCGGGGACACUGUCCCUCCUGCGCUCGCCAAAAACAGAGCCGUAAUUGUAGCGACUGCCCAGGGCAGGAUUUAUUUCUCCAAUUGGCUAAAUGGCUUCCCCCCACUCCCCUGAAGGUGAUAUCUGUAUUUUCAAAUUUCAGAGCUGCCGGCGUGACGGGCAGAACCGACCCCAACCUCGACAUAAAAAUAAGAGGGGCUGCACAGCGGGGAAAUAAAGUUGUUGUAAAUAAAAUCCAAGUCACCAUCUCCCCCCAGUCCUCUGCAUCCUCGCCGGGCACGCGAUCGGCAGCUGACGGCCUCACAAUUGGUACAUCCUAAUGGAACUGCGAGGGAAAUGCAAUAAUUUUGCCAUAAUGGGCUGUAACCUCAAUUCGACCCCGGCCCUUGCAGCCCCGGGUCGGAAGCGGAGCGAUGAGCCCUGCC